GCCAUCCCAAAUGCAAUUUUCCGCACGGCCCUCGAAAUGUAUAAACAAAUGUAUAAAUGCAUGUGUUUUUGGCGAGCUUGUAACUUUUAGCAAGCGACGCGCGGGGCGACCACAUCGCAAACAAAGCCCGUGAAUUCGAAUUCCGCGGGGCCAAGUGUAUAUUUAACUUUCGGCAGAGCCCAGGCGAAAUAAAAGUGAAUCCGAGCCGUAACUGCGGAGUAAAAACAAAACGGGUGCCAAUGAUCGCUACUACGCAAUAGAAAAGUAAUUUACCAAACAAUUUCGGCCACCGCACAAAAGCCCAUUGAAACAAAACCGAAAGUUUUGGUUUUAUUCGCCACCAUAAAAUUGAUAAGAGCACGUUAACCUGUGGCAAACCAAAAUACGUUGACUCAAGACCAUCGUACACCGCACAUAUUCCUUCGAAAGUCAUUGGACAUGAACAGGCGGUAGUGACUGAAGAAUAUAUCCUUAGUUCCAGCACAAAACAGCUCAUUCACAGCAGCAGUAAGGCAGCCUAAAAUGACCAACCACAGCAGUUUCUUCGAUGAACACUUCGCCAUGAUAUACUCCAACAUGAUGGAUAACUACGUGCCUGAGUACUUCAAGAGCUUCGAGUACACACCAUGGGUUUUCUCUCUGCUGGGAUCGGUGGUCAUCGGGUUGAGUGGCAUAUUCCCACUGAUCAUCAUUCCCACGGAGGAGAAAAUGGCUAAAGAGGGAUACAAAGAUCGUAACUGCGAAUCAAAACUCCUGCGAGUGCUCCUGAGCUUCGCAGUCGGUGGUCUUCUGGGCGAUGUAUUCCUUCACUUACUGCCAGAAGCCUGGGAAGGCGAUAAUCAAGAUCCCUCUAGUCAUCCAUCGCUGCGGUCGGGUCUUUGGGUCCUUUCCGGCAUACUCAUCUUCACAAUUGUGGAGAAAAUAUUUUCCGGAUAUGCCAGCGCAGACGAGGAGAAUCCGCAGCCCAAGUGCGUGGAGAUAGCCAACUGCCUGUUGCGACGACAUGGAGGACAAUUGCCAGAGGGCGAGACCUCCGAGAGUUGUGGAGGCGCCUGCGACAUCGAGGACGUGGAUAAAGUUUGUUUCCUCCGCGAACGGGAACUGAAGUCGAAGGAGAAGAAGGAUCAGCCCAGGAAGGUGGCUGGGUAUCUGAACCUCUUGGCCAACUCAAUUGAUAAUUUCACACAUGGUCUGGCCGUGGCUGGAUCCUUUUUGGUCUCCUUCAGGCAUGGAAUCCUGGCCACGUUUGCCAUAUUGUUACAUGAAAUUCCGCACGGUGGGGACUUCGCCAUCCUGCUUCGAUCCGGCUUCAGUCGCUGGGAUGCCGCGCGUGCGCAGCUUCUGACGGCGGGAGCUGGCCUCCUCGGCGCUCUGGUGGCCAUCGGCGGCUCCGGCGUAACGUCGGCCAUGGAGGCACGUACUUCGUGGAUUAUGCCGUUCACUGCCGGCGGCUUUUUGCACAUUGCUCUGGUCACAGUAUUACCUGAUCUCUUGAAGGAGGAGGAGCGAAUGGAGUCCGUUAAGCAGCUGCUAGCACUGAUAUUUGGCAUUGCGUUAAUGGCCGUGAUGACCAUGCUAUUCGAACAUUAGGAACUUUAGAUGACAGCAGUAUAAGAUGAAAAAUUUAACCAGAAAAACAGUUUUAGUGCGCGCUAAGAUUGUAGUUGGCAGUUUCAAAUUUACAUGAAUUUGUUGUACUUUAUGGGAUUAACCACAAUCCUGCCUGCGUUAUGUAAUUAUAGCCAAUAUGAAUGAUAUUUAAACUAUUGUUAAUGAUAACGUAUUACUGUAUCAUACUUAUGAAACGAAAUUCAAUAGACAUUUAAGGGAGAGUCGUUGGCUCUCCACUAUCCA